CAUGCUCAGGAGCUCUCAUUGCUUGCAGCAUGCAGGGGUAGUGAGAUGCAGUCAGACUGCUUCUGUUAUCUGCCUGCAGCACAGGGAUAUGUGAACAGCUGUAGAGAUCAGCCCCUUGUGUCCAUUUCCAAAACCCUUUGGCUGGCUGCUCUUUCUUAUACCAGUAAAGGUAUGCUGAUGCUGCAGGUGAGCUGCUAGGUCCUAAUGCCGACCGUUUUCUUGCCUUGGACUAGAGGUAAAAACGAAAUCCAAGCCACUUACAAAGCAUUUCUUCAGCCCAUCAGCUACCUGACUUUUCUGGGAGGCGGCUGAAACAGAGUCUUCUUGGAGAUCAGGCUUUUGGAAAAAAUGGGCUAUUGCAGUGGCAGGUGCACACUGAUAUUUAUCUGUGGGAUGCAACUGGCUUGUAUACUGGAACGACAGAUAUUUGACUUCCUUGGUUAUCAGUGGGCACCUAUCCUGGCAAACUUUGUUCACAUCAUUGUUGUCAUUCUUGGAUUAUUUGGAACUGUCCAGUGUAGAACACGAUACAUUACAGGGUAUGCAACCUGGCUUAUCCUGUGGGUUUCUUGGAAUGUGUUUAUCAUCUGCUUCUAUCUUGAGGCUGGUGACCUUUCAAAGGAGGGAAGAAGCAGCCCUGGAUUUGGCAUCAGUUUGGAGAAAGACCUUAUUAUGACAUUCAAUGUAUCAAUGCAUCGUUCCUGGUGGAUGGAAAAUGGACCAGGUUGCAUUGUGACCUUAGUGACCCCAGCUCCAGACUGGGCCCCAGAAGAUCAUCGCUAUAUCACCAUUUCUGAGUGUUUACUAGAAUAUCAGUACAUAGAAGUGGCACACAGUUCCCUUCAGAUAUUUUUUGCACUUGCUGGGUUCAUUUAUGCCUGCUACGUUCUGAAAUGUAUCUCUGAAGAAGAAGACAGUUUUGAUUUCAUAGGUGGUUUUGACUCUUAUGGAUAUCAGGGACCUCAGAAGACAUCCCACUUACAGCUACAGCCCAUGUAUAUGUCAAAAUAAACAAGCAAAUCUCCUGCUUAUGGGCGAGGAGCAAGAUAACAGUCUGCUUCAUGGAGACAUUCCUAUGGACUAUAGCAAAAGGACAUACUUGUAAUUGUGUGUGUUUAUGGUAAAAAAUCCAUUGAUAAGAAAACAGAAUCAAAUGCGUCCUCUCAAUGCAAAGGUGGAUGCAUUUCAAGUUGCAAUUAAAGUAUUCCCAGAAAGACUGCAACCUCUUUCACAGCAAGCACUUUAGUGUCCUCUUCUGGAAGCAUCUGAUAUUCUUUUUGCACUAAAGAGAGACCUUACUGCUUAGUGAUGACUGUGAACCAUACUAGAAGUGCCAUAAAGAUCCCUGGAUUGCAUAACAGUGGGACACCAUAGGUUACUUUUGUUGGCUCUAAUAAAAUUACCUGCACUUUGCCUUAACCCAGCCAAAAUGUGAUUGUCAGAAGAAAAGUUACAGAAGAAACAGCAGACCCAUCCUGACAGUGUUUUGUGUGGGACUGUUGUCUUUCUGUGAAGACU